AUGAAGCAUGUGAGUGCUACCGGUCAACGUAAACAUCGAGUCGCUUCGGGAGCAGACGCGCGGAGUGGUAGCAGGAAAGGGGCGUGGCUGUACUACCCAGCCGUACCGUAUCGCCACAGCGAGGUACAGCACUCGCACGCUUCAGUCUCUCGGCAACAGUCGGCGCAGCGCAAUGUCGACGCGUUCACAGCUCCGUACUGA